CAUCCUCCCGGCCUCGGGUUUUGAUGGGGCCGCGUCAGCUGACCGGAGAGCCAGAAAUUCGGAGCUGCCCAGUCGCCGGGUCCCUCCGGGAGUUCGGCACACCUUAUUCCCGCCUGACUGAGCCCCCAGCUCUGCGAUGUGCCCCCUCCUUACUAUCCCUCUCCCAACAGAUGGGUAGUGGGUGCCAGGGAAUACCUAGAGAGCGGGAGGGGGCGGGGCUGGAGAAAACCCCUCCCCCGAAGAAACUGAGUUUUAUCUUCCUCACGCCUACGCGGGAUGACCCUCUUCCCCCCCCCCCCCCACCCCGAGAGCACUGGCACGUCCCGGAACCUCGGCCUCCCGGCUCACGCGCUACUGGCCUGGACCAGAAACUCCGCCCAGUUCCCUCUUCCUCCCCCCACCCCCGACUCCCAUCGGACUGGGGCGAGCCGGGGCUUGGGGAGGAGGGCCUGAUCACAGACGCCGCACACCUGCGCCCCCCACCCCCGCCCCCCGCGGGGAUCCGAGGGAGUCCCUCUUCCACUCCCAGCGCCCUGCUUAGGCCUCCGCCUGCCUCCUCAAGUUUGUGGCGUCCUGAGCUCCCCCCAGGAAACCAAACCCAGCUCAUUAACUGUCUAGGGAUGGCCCGGAUCUGUUGGCGUUCCCUUCUACCGUGACAGCUUCUCCUUUCGUCGUCUUCAGAAAACGAAAGAAGGCGGAACGAGCAGAGGGUUUUGGUAUGAGAGACACGACCCUUGAAACUCUCCCUCAGGAUGGGUGAGACAGUCUCCAGGUUUGGCUCUCAGGCGAGCGAGAGCAAAUGUCUCCUGUCCCGGGAUCCAGCUGUUGGUAGUGAAGCCUCCAGUUAUUCCAGCAUCAACGGCAGCAAGUCUGUUCUGCCCUGUGCGCCGUGCACAGGCGCGGCCACCUCGAGCUUUGUGACCUGUCCUACCUGCCAGGGGACAGGCGAGAUCCCGAGUGAGCUGGAAAAGCAGCUGGUGGCACUCAUUCCAUAUGGAGACCAGAGGCUAAAACCCAGGAGAACAAAGCUCUACGUUUCUCUGGCUGUGUUCACCUGCUUGCUGAUGACAUCCCUUAUCAUCUUCUUUCUAUUCCCCCGAUCCAUCCUGGUACAGCCAGCCGGGCUGAGUUCUUCAGAGGUGGCCUUUACUGACCACUCCAUCCUCCUCAAUGUGACGAAUGUCCUCAACAUUACCAACAACUACUACUAUCCCAUCACUGUAACCCAGCUCAACAUCGAGGUCCUGCACUUAUUGCUUGUUGUGGGGCAGAUGGAAGAAAGCAUCCUUUUGCACAUUGGUCCUUUGAGCAGUGAACAGAUCAUCUAUUCGGUAACCAGCAAGAUAGAUGAUGAAAACACAUACAACAUCUGUACCUGGUUGAAAAUCAAAGUCCACAAUGUACUUCAGCACAUACGGGGCACCCUGACCUGCUCCUACCUGAGCCAUACGGAACAACUGGCUUUCCAGAGCUACGACUACGUGGACUGCCGGGGGAAUACCUCGCUCCCUCACUCACUGGUGCCUCACCCACCAUGAUGCUGCCUGCUGUCCACAGCUCCCUCAUCUCCUGCCCUCCUCCUAUUGCCCUCUGCCAAAGGACUGCAUUCCACUGAUUAUCAUUUUGGGCCACGAAUGAAGAAACCCAGCUUGGUUCCCCCUUCCCCACCCCGGGAUUGCCUGUGGAAAGGAGGCUGUGGCAGUGCUGGGAGCUGCUGACAGUAAUCCUGACCUGACUGUCUGAAGGGCCUCUCCCCAGACCAAAUGGUACCCAAGAGAAAAGGCUGGUCUAGGGUUUUCUCCAAUGUAGGGUCUCUGUCCUGUGGCACCUCCUAAUCCUGCUCCUCCCCCCACAUAUUCCCCACCAUUUUAACCAAAAUUUUGCACUGAGAUGAAGAUAUGAUAGGGUCUUAGUUGAAUGUGGAGAUAGUUGUGGUUUAAUGUGACUUUUUUCUCUUUUUAGCAUGUGCACUUUCAAAAUGUACCUUCCUGCUAAGUGUGAGGAAGGACUUUGGGGUCUGCUAUACCUCAGACUAUGGAGUGUUAGGGAGCCCCUUUGUGGUAGAAUCAUGUGCCUAUUAACAGUCUUGAUUAUGGAUCUUGGGGAAAGUUAAGGCAGAAAAUAUAGUCAUGUGUUGUUAGUUAUAUCCUGGGCCUGUAUCUGCUGGAUUGCCUCAUUUGAGACCCUCUGAGUUUUCUGUUAAUCCUUGCCCUGUGUCCCUGGAACAUGUGCUAGAAACCCCUGAGCACUGAAUCAUGUGAGAGGAUUUUAAAGAGAAUACAUCCAGAAUCUGUCUUUCCCCUAGUAGUUUGUACUCUGUCAUCAGAGGAGGAGAGCUGACCGGUUACCCUGUACCCAGGCGGCUGUAACUCUGAGGGGGGCAGAGGUGAUGGAUUUUACACAGGCCACUGGUUCCUAACUGCCCGGUCACUAUGAGUUCUAUUUCAGCUAACACUCCUCCUCUGCUUUGUGAAAAUAGCUAUAUUUACUCCCUUGGAAGUAGGUGAUGAGAGUCAGUAGUGAAGGCUCAGGGACAAGGGCUCCACAAAAUGAGAGGAAAGGUAUAGCCUCCACAGCUUUUGAACCAAUAGUGAAGCCACUUUCAAAAUAGAAAAGAGGCCUCCCAGGUCCCAACAAGCAAGCAGGUCUGUGAUUUCCUUCAUGGUUUUCUCUCUGUUUUGAGAGACUAAACUUCAGUGGUGGAAAAGGGAGUUUUACUGCCACUAACUAGCCCUGUCUUCUUACCUGAAUCUGCCAAGGAGAGAAAGGACGUCAUGAUUUUGAUAUUUUUUUUCUUUUUCUUCAAAAUGGAUUUGCCAGAUCAUGAGGCAGGACACAAGGAGCUAUUGAAGACAAUCUCUCUUCUCAGGAAUGUCUGAGUUGGUCCCUGCCUUAUGUCAGGGCUUCAAGCUUUUCCAGAGACUUUUUGAUAUUAUGACGUCAGGGGGAGGCUGGGGGAGUAGGGAAAGGGGGAUUUAUCCUUAUCCUUUCCUCCUUUUUGUUGUGAAGCCAGAACUAAGCCUAAAAUAAACCCCUAAGACUAGCCUGUAAGUCAAGGCUA